UCCUUUUAUGCGUCUCAUAAAGCUAUAUAUAGACUCACAAAUUGUUAUUCACAACACUCCAAGCAUCCAAGUUCUUGCGGUAAGCAGCCAUGAUUAACUGCAGCAUAUAUGAACGCAUAUUCAAGCGCUUUGAUGAAGAUGGUGAUGGGAAACUCUCUCCUUCGGAGCUUCGAAGUUGCGUGGGGACGAUAGGGGAGGAGCUGCUGAUGGAGGAGGCGCAGGAGGUGGUGGAGUCGAUGGACUCAGACGGGGAUGGGUUGGUGGGUUUGGAGGAAUUUGUGGGGUGCAUGGAGAGAGAGGGCGAAAAGAGAAAGAUGGAGGAGUUGAGAGAGGCUUUUAGGAUGUAUGAGAUGGAAGGGAGUGGGUGUAUUACUCCAAAGAGCUUGAAGAGGAUGCUGAGUAGAUUGGGGGAGUCGAGAAGCGUGGAGGAGUGCAGUGUUAUGAUCAGGCAGUUUGAUGUUAAUGGCGAUGGGGUUAUGAGCUUUUAUGAGUUCAAGCUCAUGAUGCUUUAAUAUUGUUUGAUACCUUCCACAUGAAUUUUAUAUUCUUUUUAGAUUUAUAAAGAGUGAUUUGUAUUCAA